AUGGAGAAGAUUCAGGAUUGUGUCCCUAGACUAAAGGGCGAUUUUAACUUCGAUAUCUGGAUGACGGAGUUCGAGAGAUUCCUUAAUUACAAGGAUCUCGAUUAUUGGCCCGUUAUCACCGGUUUCUACCAUCCGCCUAUUGAUACUCCUCUAGACCUCCCUCGUCAGUCCGAAGUACGCAAUAUCUUGGCUGAUAAACAAGGUGUUGAUCCUCAAAACAUCACCGAUGCGGAAGUUCGGGUUUGA